AUGGCCCCUCCGGGCCCGGCCGGCGCCCACCCCACCUCGGCAGAGCCGCUGUCCCGCAGCAUCUUCCGGAAAUUCUUGCUGAUGCUCUGCUCCUUGCUCACGUCCCUUUACGUCUUCUACUGCCUGGCCGAGCGCUGUCAGACCCUGUCGGGCCCCGUCGUGGGGCUGUCGGGCGGUGGCGAGGAGACGGGGGCCCCGGGUCGCGGCGUCCUGGCCGGAGGCCCGAGGGAGCUGGCGGCGCGGCCCGCGGCGGCGCAGAGAAAGCGCUUCCUGCAACUGAAGCAGUGGCGGAGGCGCCGGCGGCCUGUGCGGCGCGACGGCGGCGAGGAGGUGGCCUGGGAAGAAGAGACCCCGGGCCUGGCCGGGGGUCCCGGUGGCUCCGGGGCUGGGAGCAGCGUGGCCGAGGCCCCACCCGGGACUCUGGCGCUGCUGUUGGACGAAGGCAGCAAGCAGUUGCCGCAGGCCAUCAUCAUCGGCGUGAAGAAGGGCGGCACGCGGGCGCUGCUCGAGUUCCUGCGCGUGCACCCCGACGUGCGCGCCGUGGGUGCGGAGCCCCACUUCUUCGACCGCAGCUACGACAAAGGCCUCGCCUGGUACCGGGACCUGAUGCCCAGAACCCUGGAAGGGCAGAUCACCAUGGAGAAGACACCCAGUUACUUUGUCACCCGGGAGGCGCCCGCACGCAUCUCGGCCAUGUCCAAGGACACCAAGCUCAUCGUGGUGGUGCGGGACCCGGUGACCAGAGCCAUCUCGGACUACACGCAGACGCUCUCCAAGAGGCCUGACAUUCCCACCUUCGAGAGCUUGACCUUCAAAAACAGAACCACGGGCCUCAUCGACACAUCGUGGAGCGCCAUCCAGAUCGGCAUCUACGCCAAGCACCUGGAGCACUGGCUGCGCCACUUCCCCAUCCGCCAGAUGCUUUUUGUGAGCGGGGAGCGCCUCAUCAGCGACCCGGCCGGCGAGCUGGGCCGCGUGCAGGAUUUCCUGGGCCUCAAGAGGAUCAUCACCGACAAGCACUUCUACUUCAACAAGACCAAGGGCUUCCCCUGCCUGAAGAAGGCCGAGGGCAGCAGCAAACCCCACUGCCUAGGCAAGACCAAGGGCAGGACCCACCCCGAGAUCGACCACGAGGUGGUGCAGAGACUGCGGGAGUUCUACCGGCCUUUCAACCUCAAGUUCUACCAGAUGACGGGGCAUGACUUUGGCUGGGAUGGAUAACAAUAUAAUUUAAAAAGAAAAAAAAAUCAUAAUAUAUUUUUUUACCAAUCGGUAGAGAAAAGGCUGUUUAAUAUUUGUGCUGAAAAUAUUUGUUUCAGUAUUUUUUUCAAUGAAUGUUGAGAUUGUUCUCAUCCCCACCCCCAUCUUCGCGUUUAACUGACACCAAAUAUUUGGAUAAACAACAAAGAAAAAUUUUACUCAUCUAAAUACUUUCAAUUUUCAAUUUUUAUUUUACA